GUCCGCGAAAACCUGGAAUUAUCAACAUCAUAAAGGAAGGACUGCUUGAGAGAGUUCAAGAAGUAGUAGAAACUAAUUGGAACAUACUGGAAGCUAGCUUUGAAAAAAUAAGAGGGUCGGAAACGGAUAACGAAAUGGAAAGAGAGCUUGAUAAUCAUGCAGAAGCUACAGAACGCGCGCGUCCGAUUAACAUCUUAUGUGUCGGCAAAACUGGAGCAGGCAAGUCAACCCUUGCAAAUGCUUUACUUGGGAAGGUCGGUCGAGGCGAAGGAAGUGCUGAAACGAGACGAGGAGGUAAAUCCGUUACGACAGAAACAAAAAAAAUUGAAAGUCAGGAUGGGAUGCAUUCGUUUAGUUUCUGGGACACGCCUGGACCAACUAAAAGCUCAGAAGACCGCAAAAAGUUUAAACAGAUCCUCAAGGAUAUCAAAAAGGAGAAGGGAAAAAUAGAUUUGCUUAUUUUUUGCGCUCCAGCACACGAAUCACGCGAUUGUCCUGAGAAUAGCACCAUUCUAGAGAAUCUUACCAAAGAAUGUGGCAAGAAUAUUUGGAAUAACGCAGUUAUUGCGUUUACUCAGGCCAAUCUAGUCGAGGAUCCCGACCACGCAACAACAACAGCAGCAUACUUUCACAAACAAUGUGUUUCUGAGAUGACCAAGAAGUACCGCACAAUUCUCGUCCGCGAGUGUGGCUUGACUUCCGAGCAAACAGAAAAGGUUCCUUGUGUUCCAUUGGGAAAACAGGCAAAAACUUACCUCCCUGAUGGUACCGCAUGGAAGAAGAAUUUCUGGAUGACCUGCGUAAGUGCAACCUCUAAAGACGUUAGAGGAAUUCUCUUUAGCUCAGGUCUUAUUGAUUCUGAUCGAUUUGCUGUACCCAUCAAUGGAAUCGACAAGGUACGAAUGGCGCUAGGAUUAACCAGUGGUUCAAUUGGAGGUGCCGCUGUUGGGAUUGGUACGGGCAUAGGAAUCGCAAUCAGAAUUGGAGUCGCAGCCGGUACCAUAGCAGCUGCUCCUACUGGACCAGGAAUAGCUAUUGGAGCUGCAGUGGGACUUGUAGGCGGGAUAGGAGUUGGUGCCGCAGUGUACAUUGGCAUGCGUACUUACGGACGUUACAAGGCUGAAAAACGAGUGAAGCAGUACCACAACAGGAUUGGUGACUGCGAAGACGCUAAACAGCCUGAAGGAUAAUGUGACUCAAUUGCGACUUCUCUAGAGAUGGAACAAAAAACUGUGACGUUCUACUUGUAGUACAGUAGUUCAAUCAAUGAGGCACUAAUGUAAAAUAUAUGUAUAGCAUGUAUAGUUAUGCUGUACUUAGUGAGCAACAGUUUAGUUGGCAAUUGUCUGUUGCUAUCCAAUAUCACUACUGCAAUCUACUGCCAGUUUGACGCUGCA